UGCUCUGGAGGAGGCAGUCGGCAGUCCAGUCGGAGGCCGGCCAGCAGUAGGGCUGCCCUCGCUGCAGUGACGUCCCAGUCCUACCGGGCGGAGGGGCGACGACCGACUCCGCGCCCACCCGGCCUGCUCCUGGUACCGGACCUGUCUGCCUUCUGGAGAUGCUCGCUGAAGUUGAGCACGGCGCUGCGGGUCAGCUCUUUCCACUGCCAUAGCGCCGGGUGUCAGAGGCACUCCCAAGUCCCGCCAUGCAGCCAGGAGCUGCCCCGAAAACUGUGCUGCUGGCGGUGCUGCUGGCAGGACCACCCGGCGGGACCGGCCGCCUGCUGAGCGGGCAGCCUGUCUGCCGGGGAGGGACACAGAAGCCUUGUUAUAAAGUCAUUUACUUCCAUGAUGCUUUUCGAAGACUGAACUUUGAGGAAGCCAGAGAAGCCUGCAGGAGGGAUGGAGGCCAGCUUGUCAGCAUUGAAUCUGAAGAUGAACAGAGACUUAUAGAAAAGUUCAUUGAAAACAUCUUGGCAUCUGACGGUGAUUUCUGGAUUGGGCUCAGGAGGCAUGAAGACAAACAAAACAAUAACACAUCCUGCCAGGACCUUUAUGCUUGGACUGAUGGCAGCACAUCAGAAUUUAGGAACUGGUAUGUGGAUGAGCCAUCCUGUGGCAGUGAGGUCUGCGUGGUCAUGUACCAUCAGCCAUCGGCACCUGCCGGCAGCGGGGGGCCCUACAUGUUCCAGUGGAAUGAUGACCGAUGCAACAUGAAGAACAAUUUCAUUUGCAAAUAUUCUGAUGAGGAACUAACAGCUCCUUCUCCAAGGCCUGGAGGUGAGGGAACAGAGCCAGCAACACCCACAUCUCCAGAAGAAACACAGAAAGAAGAUACCAAAGAAACAUUUAAGGAAAGUACAGAAGCUGCCUUGAAUCUUGCCUACAUCCUAGUCCCCAGCAUUCCUCUUCUCCUCCUGCUUGUGGUCACCACAGUUGUAUGUUGGGUUUGGAUCUGUAGAAAGAGAACACAGGAGCGUCCAGACCCUAGCCCAAAGGAGCAACACACCAUCUGGCCCUCUCCUCACCAAGGGAACAGCCCUGACCUAGAGGUUUACAAUGUCAUAAGGAAACAAAGUGAAGCUGAUUUAGCUGAGACUCGGCCAGACCUGAAGAAUAUUUCAUUCCGAGUAUGUACAGAAGUCACUCCUGAUGACCUGUCUUGUGACUAUGACAACAUGGCUGUGAACCCAUCAGAAAGUGGAUUCGUGACUCUAGCAAGCAUGGAAAGUGGAUUUGUGACCAAUGACAUUUAUGAGUUCUCCCCAGACCGAAUAGGGAGGAGCAAGGAGUCUGGGUGGGUAGAAAAUGAAAUAUAUGGCUAUUAACGUGCAUUUCAAAAAACAAACAAACAAACAAAAAGCUUGAACUGACAAGAAUGGGAAGAAAAUGAGAUAUAAAUUCUCCUAUUUCCUACAAGAAAAUAAUAAGACGUUCUGUGAAAAUGCUCAGAUCAGGUCCUGGGGUAAGCAUGUGAUCCCCAUUAGCUCCUGUUGGGUCCCAAAGAUUUGGCUGUCUCCCUUAUCCUAGUCUCUUACCAGCUCAGUCUUCGGAGAAAGUGCCUUACCCAGGGUUCUGGCAUACAGUGGAGUCUCGAUAAAUGUUAGUUUAUGGGUAAUACCUGGUUUCUAAGGGAUAGAGCUUUAUAGGCAGGGAUGAGGGUUGAGGCUUGGAAAACCCACCUAUAGGUUCUGUUUUCCUUGCUCUAAACAGCAGGACACAGGAUCAUAAGGAAACAGAAACCACAGACUCAAAGCCAACAUGCACAUCAACAAUUGUUAUGUCUGUUUUCUUCAAAGGAUAAAAUCAAAUAAAAAGCAGGAAGCAAAAUGUUAUUUA